AUGGUGCAGAUGACAUCCAGAAGCAGUAGUAGCGCUGGUGGAAGUUGUGGCAGUCAUUGCACCUGCGACAGCAGUAGCGACAGUCCCCGUCCAGACAGCACCAGUGCCAGCAGCUCAGUGAAGUCGCUAAUCACCACGACUGCGGUCAAGGCGAGGCAGUCUUCUGCCAGAUUACAGUCAAUGGCAGCACUUGCGCCAAUGACAUCGGCCCUGCUACCUUACGCCAUGUCAGUUGCAUACGUCCCGCCGUUUCUCAUCACCUCGUCGUCCACUGCUGCCACUAAAGCGACUGCAAUGGACAGUGACGACGCGACUGCAGUCAAUACCAAACGAGCGAUCCGUCAGAUAAAAAACCAAGAAAGCGCCAACAAGAACCGCUUGCACCUCAACGCGCGGCUGGCCCUGCUCAUGACGGACGUGUCCGAGCUGAAGAAGAAAGAGCAGGAGCUUCAGACCGUUGUUGCUGGCCCGCAAGCUGAGAACAAGUUGCUGCUGGACCAGAACGCGUUCUUGCACUCAUUAGUAAUCAGUUGCAAACAAGAAUCGUCUUCUCGAAAGGAGAACCCGUUGGAUGCUGCCGCCUCGCUGCUGCUCUCGUCACCACUGGUGAUGGAUCAGAGCAGAGUGGAGCUUCACAUGCUGGGGAAUGGUCGGAAGAAGACAGAAGGCGACAAAAUUGGCGGAGACACACAAGUUUCGAACAUGACGAUGAUGACGCUUCGACUAGGCAAACGGCGUACCGUGGCGUCUACGCUGUCCGCCACAGCAAGUCUGACAGUGUGCUCGUCCGUGUUUGGAGUCACUGUUUUCACCAGCUACGAUGGCGAUGCUGUCGAUUCUGGCACCAUUCGCAGUGUUGGACGUGUGCUGCACGAGUCUUCGAAGUCGUGUGGCAUGGCAAAGUGCUCGUUGGAAGCGUCAAAGUCAUUCGCGGCGUUGGUGGAGACGACUGUGAGGUCUUCAUGGCAUGAGAUAACGUCGUCCAAGCUGGUCUUUGGUGCAUUGCUAAACGUGCUGUCUCUCGUUGCCAUCGUGCUGCUGCAUCGGCUGUAG